AUGGCAGUCCAGACAAGACAGUCUGCGGCAUGCCUAGGACGUGCUCUUAUCUGGUCUGGCUGGAUGCUCUUUCGACAAUAUUCAUUGAUCGAAAAAUGGCAGCCGCGACAGUCAACAGAGGUCCGCCAGGACAAGCUGACGUUGCGUACGCGCCGAGUCGGACCACGUACCAAGAGCGCAUUGAGAGGCGUCAAGAAAGUGAAGAGAUCGAUCGCACUCUUCCUGAGUCCUGACGGGUUUCCGCAAAAGCUAGAAUCUAGCUUGGCAUGGACCGCGGCCACCGUCACAGAUCAGUACGACUGGUCCUACGAGCUGGACGAGUCUGAGUUGGACGACCUUUCCUCUGCCCAAACUCCAUCCUCGCCUCCGGUCCAUUUCCGCCGACGUGCACAACGGCCAAGGGUUCAAGGUCAUUCGUGGCAUCCCUGUCGAGCGAUGUACCAGAGAAGAAAACGUCGUCGUCUACGCAGGCAUCGCCUCUCACGUGGCCACCACUCGAGGGCGGCAAGACCACCAGCACAACGGCCGCUCUUGUACCACCAGCCUGCCGCGAACAACCAUGCCGAGCGUGUAAUCAUCCAGUAUGCCCGACGGGGAUUCACAAGAUACUGGGGCUUGCCGCGCAGUGCCAACAUUCCCGCCGUCACGGAAGCGCAGGCCGAGGCCCUGGACGCCGUGCCCUUGGCAGCCGAGAAGCAUGCCUUGGCCCUCGCGCUCCGCCCUGGCGAUAUUCAAUUCGUCAACAACCUGAGCUGA